AUGGCUCCAUUUGAAGAACUUUAUGGUAGGAGGUGUAGAUCUCUGGUUGGUUGGCUUGAAGUAGGUGAAUUUGCUCUUCUUGGUCCCGAGGUGGUUUAUGAGUCUAUUGAAAAGGUUCGACUUAUAAGAGAUAGGUUGAAAACGGCUCAAAGUCGGCAAAAGUCUUAUGCCGACAAUAGAAAGAAGGAUCUUGAAUUUGGGGUUGGUGAUUGGGUUUACUUGAAGAUCUCGCCCAUGAAAGGGGUAAUGAGGUUUGGUAAAAAGGGGAAGCUUAGUGCUCGGUAUGUGGGCCCUUCUGAGAUUUUGAAGAGAGUUGGAAAUGUUGCUUAUGAAUUGAACUUGCCUAAUGAGUUGGCUCCGGUUCACCCGNGAGGUUUAGUAAAAAGGGGAAGCUUAGUCCUCGGUGAUUCGGUAGCCAUACUUCCUUUAGAGGGUUUGGGUGUUGAUGAGAACCUUUCUUAUGAAGAGGUUCCGGUUGAGAUCCUAGACCGACAAGUGAAGAGGUUGAGGAAUAAAGAAGUAGCUUCUGUUAAGGUUCUAUGGCAGAAUAAUCUAGUUGAGAGUGCUACAUGGGAGGUCCAUGUGAGGAAGCGUAUUACAUAA